CCCCAGUUCCAGCCGAAGGGAGUCACGCGUCUGUUCUGCGCAUGCUCAGAUCGGCCGGCUUUGCUUGGCGAUUCAUUCCAGGUAGAAAUAAGGCAGCGGCUCCAGAACUGGUAGGAAGCAGCCUGCGGGCAGGUUUAUCCUCUUCGUGUGUCUCUAACCAGUGAUGACAUGUCACCCCAAAAGAAAUUGGAGGGCCUUGUGGCAGCCACCAUCACUCCGAUGACACAGGACGGAGAAAUCAAUCUCUCUGUGAUUGGCCAGUAUGUUGACUACCUGAUAAACAAGCAAGGUGUUCGAAAUGUAUUUGUGAAUGGGACCACGGGGGAAGGCCUGUCCCUGAGCAUCCAGGAGAGGAAGCAGCUGGCGGAGGAAUGGGUGACCAGGGGCAAAGAUAAGCUUGAUCAUGUGAUAGUUCAUGUCGGGACACUAAGUUUACCAGAAUCAAAGGGUCUGGCCAGACAUGCAGCAGAAAUAGGAGCAGAUGGUAUAGCAGUUAUUGCCCCUUCCUUCUUCAAACUGGUGAAUAAAGAUGCCCUAGUUGCCUUCCUGCGGGAUGUUGCAGCUGAAGCUCCUGAUAUCCCAUUCUAUUAUUACCACAUCCCUCACUUGACUGGAAUAAAAAUUUGUGUUGAAGAGCUGCUAGAUGGGAUGAUAGAGCAAAUUCCCAACUUUGAGGGAGUGAAGUUCAGUGCCACAGACCUCUUGGAUUUUGGACGGUGUGCAAAGGGAAACGAUAAAGGCCAGUUUGCUCUUCUCUAUGGUGUGGAUGAGCAGCUCCUGAGUGCGCUUGCAAUGGGAGCAACAGGGGCAGUUGGAAGUACAUAUAACUACUUGGGCAAGAUAAACAACUUGAUGCUGGAAGCUUUUGCCAGUGGAGAUCUUCAUUCUGCACAAAAAUAUCAGUUCUGUGUUCAGGAAUUCCUCGGCUUUGUUAUUGCUCAGGGAUUUGGUGUUCCACAGAUCAAAGCAGUUAUGAGUUUGAUUUCAGGGAUACCAAUGGGCCCACCACGGCUUCCACUCUCAAGUGCCUCGGAGGAGUUUGUUCUUAAAGUGAAAGCCAAACUAGAAAGCUUAAAGAGCUGUCCCUACACUUUGCAUUAAGCUGCUACAUCCCAACAGGGUCCUAUUUGACUUGAUGAUCUUUUUACCUUUUGAAAUGGAAUACUUGAAAUAAGUCUGAGAUGACUAACUUCUCAUUGGGAAUAAUAAAACAACGUUCUCUAACAAUUUCUAGGUGGAAAUCAGGAAGAAACCAACUUAAUCUUGAAAAUCUGAGAAAACGGUAGCAAGUGAAGAAUUUUUGCUUCCAUGUGAUAUUCUUGAUCCUUUCGCACAAAGCAAGAUGAAGCUCACAGUAACUGGAUUUGUUAGCUCUUACUUUUUUCCUGUAAUUAUAGAACUCAAGGCCUAACUUCUAGCAUUGUUUCAGUUAUACAAGUUCUGGAAAUUUGCAAAGUGAAGCAGCCAACAUCCAGCAGGAACAAUCGUUCUCUGUGACUGACAACUGUUCCCAGAUAACUACCUAUUUUAAGGGCUGAAGAUACAGAAAAAUAUAAACUACGUGUCACACCCCAGAAUCAGUAUGUUUCUAAUGACUGUUUCAGAGGGAAUCCUCAACAUGAAAUUUCAUCUCAAUGCUUCUUUCUGUGCAUGCAUAGACAGAAGUGAAUGUUUUCUAAAGGAAAUGUAGUUAAUUGUUAACUUAGAUUUUUAGCCUUUUGGAAAUAAAGAUAAAAUUUUAAUGCCUA